AUGAGCGACAAGCAAAAAGGCGACACCGCUCUGACGGCGCUUGAUGAGCGGGACCGCGAGCGAUCAAAUCCGGAGACAUCUGCUCUGUCGGUUAUUUGCAAGGACUUGCACUCGCUCCUUUCGCUCAUCUACAACUUAUCGACGAAGCUGUCGCUAGCGUUGAACCCGUCGUCUCCGACAUACUCGGCUUCUCUGCCUCUCCUGCAAGAUCUCGCGAAACAUGCAUCGGGAGUAGUCUACUGCGUCAGUCUACUGAAUGAGGUCCAGUACGGUGCAACCUUCAUCAAAGAUACGACGAAUCUGGUCAAAGGCAUUCUAGAAUCCUUGCGAGACCUCGUCCAGACCUUCAAGUAUCUCGCCAGGACAGCGGCGCUGCAUGAUCUGAUCACGACGGCUCAGGGGCCGAAUGGUAUACCCAACGAUAACCGAUCGGCGGUCCGACAGCACUGGUCAGUCGAUAAGGCAACCCUCGAAGAUGGCCUCGCAGAGGUCUCUCGCAUGAUUGAAGAAGCAGAGCGGGAUGAUGCAAAUCACCCGGCGGAAGAGGAUGACUUUGACGACGGAUGGGACGAAUUGGGUCUCGGAACAAAUACCAGUCUGAGCAAGGAUGAACUCUCACGUGCUAAAAGUGUAUACCCCAUCUUGCGGCUGACUACUCUCCUGCACAAACGCGUUUUUUUGGACGUGAUAUCAUCGACAUGCACCGUUCCUGUCUCCAACGUCGCGUACGAUUCUCUCCUCGAACAGUCGCAUUCUCUGCUAGAAGCUUCCGACGAACUCGUCGCUACCCUCUAUUCCCCGCAAGACCCUGACUCUGUCUGUAAGGAAGUGGCUGCCUUGAUGAUGGUUGUCGCUGCGCUGUGCACUCGGCUUCAGGCGUUUUUCCCUGUCGACGAUGGACUAGAUGCACAAGUAAAGCAGCUCAGCGUUCAGGAUAGUCUCUCGCCAAAAUCUUCGAGGAGUGUCGGCAAGAAGUGGUUCGAUACUUGUUUCGAUCAAAUAUCAAGGUUAUCGGCCAACUUCAUCUCGCCGUCAGACGGAUAA